UCAUCAUUUCCCUUUAUUAGCUUCUGCAUAUUUUGUGAAAGAGACGUCUGCUCAUCAUCAAUAGCUCAAUCAAGAAGAUAGAUUUGCUCUCCCAAAACAUGAACAUGUUUGUUAUCCUUAUGCUUUUAUCCUUUUCCUUGUCUUGCAUAAAGGUUGCUGAAAUGAGGCCCCUGCGAGACCAGCAAUUGCUGAACAUGCAGGAUGAUGGGGUGCUGUUUCAGUCCUUACAGAAAGGCCAGGACAAGUCGUCUGGUUCCAAUCCAUGCAGCAACGUCCCUGGACAGGGCACUGGAGUUUGCUCCAACAAAAUAGCUGGGAAUGUUGAACGUUCCACUCCUGCAUUUUCUAAGCUUGUGAUGGCUGAAACGAUGCCCCAGCGAGACCAGCAAUGGCUGAUUGACAUGCAGGAUGGGUCGCUAUUUCACUCCCUGCAGAAAGGCCAGGGGAAGUCGUCUGGUUCGAAUCCAUGCGGUAAUGUCCCUGGACAGAGCAAAGGCAUUUGCUCUAGGAAAAUAGCUGGGAAUAUAGUACGUGCGCCUCCUCCACUUUCGAACCCUGUCAUGGAUAUUGCUGUUGCUUCUUCCAUUGCAAACGAGGCCGAUAAUAAACAACAUCAAACUUCUUGA